AUGGAUUUUGCCCAGCUGGAAUCGCUCACAGCGCUCAUCUCGAGCUCGGUCGCUCAGCUCAAAGAGCUUCAGAGCUCGCUGAAGACAUCAGAUAGUUCUUCGUCCAAGUCUGAGUUCCUCAAGCCAUCCCUGCAGAUCGUUGCUGCAGCUUCGCAGCUCAUUGCCCUUGCCAGGACCCCUGAGCGCUAUCUCAUGGACCUGUCAACCGCGCAUCAGCUGAGCUCUUCGCUCAGGGUUGUUGUCGAGACGAAUGUCCCUGAGAUCCUACGAGAGAAAGGUAAAGGCCCCAAGAAAGCCUUGCACGUGAAGGAUAUCGGGACGUACAAUGGCGUCAACCAUUUGAAACUUGGGCGUGUACUCCGUUUACUCGCGACCCAUCACGUCUUCGACGAGGUAUCGCCCAAUGUAUUCGCGAACAACACCAUAUCGUAUGUGAUGGACACCGGCAAAUCAUUUGCCGAACUGAAGGCGCAUCCGGAAGAGAAGUACGACGGCACAACUGGUAUUGCUGCUCUUGUUGGUCUCUUCUCCGAUGAGACCAUGCAUAAUUCUGUUUUUAUCGCCGACACCCUCAAAGAUCCUGCGACGACAAACUCCUUCUCGCCCUACGAUGCGCCGUUCUCGCGCGCCUGGGAAGGUGGCAAGCACCUCAAGAUGUAUGAAUGGCUCAGUCUGCCUGAGAACCGCCCUCGUUUGAAGCGUUUCGGAAUGGCCAUGAACGGCAUCAACAGCAUGACGCCUCCGGACGCUAUCUUGCACGGGUUCAACUGGUCCAGCCUUCCCGAAGGAAGCAUUGUCAUCGACUGCGGCGGAGGCGUCGGCUCUGUCUCCCUUCCCAUCGUCCAAACGUGUCCCCAAGUCCAUUUGAUCGUUCAGGAUACUGAGAGGGUCGUUGCCGAGGCACCUGCCUUCUGGCAAGUAAAUCAUCCCGAGGCUUAUGCGCAAGGUAGGAUCUCGUUCCAAGCGCAUGAUUUUUUCAACCCGCAGCCUGCCGGCAAUGGCAAAGCCGCCGUCUUCCUGCUGCGUAUGAUCAUGCACAACUGGCCCGACGCCGAGUGCAUCCAGAUCCUGCAGCGCGUGCGCGACUGUAUCGGAAACAACAAGGACUCCCGCAUCGUCAUCGUCGACAACAUCAUGCUGUUCGCCUCUCGCGACCAGACGAUUGAAGGCCAGAACACUGGAAAGGCUGACCCAGAGGCGCUUGCGCCUGAGCCGCUACUGGCAAAUUGGGGUGCGGCCAACUCUCUGUCGUACAAGCAGGACAUCAAUAUGUUGAGCAACCACAAUGCGAUGGAGCGUACCGUUCCCGAGUUCGCAGAACUCCUUUCGAAGACGGGCUUCGCGAUCGCGGAAGUGCAUCAGGCUCAUCAGAGCUGGCUGCCGCAGAUCAUCGCAGUUCCUGUUUGA